GCCCACGUAUGCACAGGAGUAUCUGUGUGCGCAUAGAUGCUUUGGCAGAGUUGGGAACGGUGACUGAGGCCCUUCGCACCUGAAAAUGAGAAAAAAAAAAAAUAUAUAUCAAAGCAUACUAUAGUUACAAGUUGAUUAAAUGAACCUCUCCCCCCCAAAAAAAUAGGUUAAAAAGAACGCAAUUUUCUUUUUUUUUUUUUUCUUUUCACGAAAGGUACGCAUAGCACAUAAAAUGCGGCUGCACUUUACCCGUUAUGUGCUUGUAGUGGCCACCUAAAAGGGUGCCCCUUCGACCGUUCAGUGCUGCCAUUUGCAAAAUGAAAAGGUGUGCCUGUGGCCAUGGGUGUGCAACCAACCGUUAAACGUUUAACAAAUGGGGGAAAAAAUUUAAAGGGGGGCAGUGAGAAGCCAGAGGGAGUCCUGACGGGGUGUACAAAAUGAUGUGCGACGUCUCUUCAUUGGUACACGCCUUGGGCGAAGAAGGGAUUCUAAAACUUAUCUGCACAGCUUAUUACACCGUUGGAUGUUUUGCCCUCCUUCUUUCCUUCCAUUUCAAAUUCAUAAAUGAAUGGUCCCUGCAUGGGAAGAAUUUGUACAUCAAAGUUGAAAAGGGUGAAACGGAAGGGAAAAAAACGCUCUCCGCGAUUUCGAAGCUGAGGGGGAAGAUAGACCAUAUGACAAUUUCGAAAAAGCACUUCGCGCAUUUUUAUGUGGUCGGCUUGGUCGUCAAUUCUGUGUUGCUCAUCUGUGACCUCAGUCAACGCGCUGAGAGUAAACAAACCGCCCUCCACUGUAUCUCCAUAACGAACGUUUUGCUUCAAGUUCAGUUGGUCAGGAGGCUACUGGAGCAGCUGCUCAUCGUCAGGACGACGCCGAAAUCGGUCAUGCACGUUUUUUCGUACCUCUUGGGCGUAACCUUCUACAUUGUAACGCCCUAUUCCCUCCACAAGAAUGACAAAAGGGAGUAUACAACAGUAGGGUUACUCCCUGUUGUUGUAUUCCUGUUGGGAACAUUAAUUCAGUAUGAUUCCCAUGUCCGCUUGGCCAAGCUUCGUCCCAAAGACGCAAAGAAGUUAGACAACCCGUACAAAGUGCCGCAUGGGGGCCUCUUCUACUUUGUCAGUUGCCCGCAUUAUUUCGCCGAAAUUUUAAUCUACUUGUCCUUUUUGCUGCUGAACUGGAAUUUCAUCAGUCUGCUUAGCUGCACCUUCGUUUGCCUAGUUCUAAUCAAAAAUGGCUUGCAAACGCACAAGUGGUAUCUCAGGACAGUUCGAGAGGCAUAUCCCAAACAAAGGAGGGCCAUUUUCCCGUAUAUCUUGUGAGCACGACCAGGAUGAACCUGUCGAAUUGGAGGCCAUCUCAACAGUGACGUCACUUUGACACAUCGAGGAUGGUUGCGAGGAUGGUAGCGAUGAGGGCACUUUUUUAUAACAAUGUUUUAUUCCUCCUUGCCCACCCCUAUGGCAUCUCACCGUCACAGCCAUUUUAAUUCUCACCGCAAUUUGCGCACAGACUUAGUGAGAUAUGUUCGCGCCUGUUAUGUUUUACCUGACUGUUCAUAAUUUUCAGCGCCGAAGUCGCUUCUCAAAAGUUGCGCGAUAUGUUU